AUGGGAAAUAAUCUAAAAUCUCGUCUUCAUAUACAUAAAAAAGACGAUCAUUCAUCACAUGAUCAUGAUCAUGAUCACGAUCAUGGUGCACAUGCAUCAACUCAUGGUACAAACGCAGCUCACAAUGAAGUUGAUGAAAAAAUAAUGAGUGGUACUAAUCGUGCUCGUGCUGCAGAUCCACAUGCAUCAGAUACUAGUCGAGGAGCAGUACCCGCACCUUCUCAUACUGAACCAGCACAAACAACGACGACUGUAACUCGUGGACGUCCAUAA